AUGGCAACUCGUAUGUCUACCCGACAUGCAGCGGCCAAGGCAAAUGAAGCUCUGCACGAAAAUGCACAGCAGGGCAGGAGGAAAUCAGUCGAAGCAGGCCAGAAACGCAAGGCUACAUCUAAGAAAGACGUUCCGGAACCGAAGCGAGAGAAGCAUACGAAAGAUGACGCUCAGAAAUCCGCAGAUGACGCAGUAAUAAAAGAGGAGCCCGCGAGAGAUACUACAUCCCACAGUGAGCAAGAAAAACGGGAGGCUAGGAAGCCACAGGCUCAUUAUGCAUAUGUGAAAGACGAGGAAGCUGAACAAUCAAGCGAGGUGAAGCCCUCUGAUGUUCCCUCUAAGAAAGAACCAAAGGAAACCCCAGUCACAAAGUCAGAAGAAAGCUCCCGAGAUGCGGGUAUACCAUCCAACAUUAUGGAGGAGGGGAUCAUCUAUUUCUUUUUCCGGGGUAAAGUUGGCGUUGAAGAACCAACAGGCCUUGACGAAGUCGCCCGCACCUUUAUAGUCCUGCGUCCACAACCGCUUGGAGCUAAGCUAAGCGCCGGGCUCGCUGGGGGUGGAAACAACUGUCGACUUCUCUUGCUGCCUAAGAAAACAGUCCCCACAUCGAGCCACGAGAAGUACAUGGGGUUUGUUGAGAAAGCAGGGACCGACUUGAAGACUCUGAAGGAAUCGUUCUUGGGUGAAGAGUAUGAGACCAAGACGAGGGGCACGCAAUUUUCACCCACAGCUACCCCGUUAGCCGAAGGGGUUUAUGCGCUUACCUCUACCCCAAGGACUUCACACUUGGCGUACAUCUUGACUAUACCAAAAGAGCUAUCCCAAGUUCAGAAAGAUUUUGGUCUACGGGAGAAAGGUUCUUUCAUUGUGGCCUCGAAGAAUCCCAAGUAUCCUGGCCCCUCUAGUGCAAGGCUACCAAAAGCACCAGACUAUCCACAGAGUGUGAUGGAUGACUUCCGCGAUCUCCGCUGGGUUCCUCUUGAGCCAAAAUUUAUUGACUAUCCCAAUGCACAAUUUAUGAUGCUAGGCGAAGCGCAAGGCCACCUGGGCAAGGGAGGUAUGACCGAGGGGAAGGCUCUAGAACAGGAGGAUGCGGGUGAGGAACUCGAGCACCUUGAGCUUGAGAAUGAAAUACGGGCUGGGUCGUUAAAUGAGAGUGAUAAGGUUUUCGAAGAUCUUGGACUCAGCGCAAAGCAGUUUCCGCAGGUUCCAACGACGUGGGAGUAG